AUGAAGCCCCCUGGCUGGACAGCUGCUCGGUGGCUGCUUUGUCUGCUCUUUUUGCGGAUCCCGGAACCAGAGCACUGCUACCUUUACAACAAUCGCUACGCAGGAGAUAAGGUGAUAAGACUUGUCCCAGAAACAGAGGGAGAGGCACAUGUACUGAAGAACAUAUGCCAUCAAUUUAAGGUGGACCUAUGGCAGCCCAGCAGCAUCUCCUAUGUCUCGGAAGGAACGGUUACAGAUGUCCAUAUUCCCCAAAAUGGCUCUCAAAUCCUGUUAGCCUUCUUACAACAAGCCAACAUCCAGUACACGGUCCUAAUAGCAGAUCUCCAGAAAGCACUGGAAAAAGGAAACAGCUUGAGGGCCCAGAGGAAUCGUAGAUCACUUCCAGGAUACAGUUAUGAAGUUUAUCAUUCUUUAGAAGAAAUUCAAAACUGGAUGCAUUAUUUGAAUAAAACCCACCCAGGCCUCAUUCACAUGUUUUCUAUAGGAAAAUCAUAUGAAGGAAGAUCUCUUUUUAUAUUAAAGCUGGGCAGAAGAUCCCGGGCUUACAAAAGAGCUGUCUGGAUAGACUGCGGUAUUCAUGCAAGAGAAUGGAUUGGUCCUGCCUUUUGUCAAUGGUUCGUAAAAGAAGCUCUUCAGACAUAUCGGAGUGAUCCUGCCAUGAGGAAAAUGUUAAAUCACCUCUAUUUCUACAUCAUGCCUGUUUUUAAUGUUGAUGGAUACCAUUUUAGCUGGACCAAUGAUCGAUUUUGGAGGAAAACAAGGUCAAGAAACUCAAGGUUCCGUUGCCGUGGAGUGGAUGCUAAUCGUAAUUGGAAGGUGAACUGGUGUGAUGAAGGGGCUUCCUUUCACCCUUGUGACGAUACAUACUGUGGGCCUUUUCCCGAAUCUGAGCCAGAGGUGAAGGCCGUAGCUCACUUUCUCCGAAAACGCAGGAAGCACAUCAGAGCCUACCUGUCCUUCCAUGCUUAUGCACAGAUGUUGCUCUACCCCUACUCUUAUAAAUAUGCAAAAAUUCCCAAUUUCAGCUGUGUUGAAUCUGCAGCUUAUAAUGCUGUUAUUGCUCUGCAUUCAGCAUAUGGGGUCCGCUACAGACAUGGGCCUGCAUCAAGCACCUUGUAUGUGAGCUCUGGCAGCUCAAUGGAUUGGGCUUACAAAAAUGGAAUACCCUAUGCAUUUGCAUUCGAACUGCGUGACACGGGGCAUUUUGGAUUUUUGCUUCCAGAGUCUCUAAUCAAGCCAACAUGUACAGAGACAAUGCUGGCAGUGAAGAAUAUCACAAUGCAUCUGCUAAAGAAGUGUCACUGA